AUGCUCAAUAACCUCACUGCGACAGCUUUGGGAGGUCACAAAGAGUCGUGCUCAGAGGACAGCAAGCCGCACGAGAUCAAGCCGAGCCUCGACCGGUCGCACCAUGCGCUCGGCCCACGGCUACACAUCGCGCACAAUAUACGCACCGAACACUUACAAGGUGGCAUCCACCAACAACACAGUGGAGGGCAUAUGGCCACGGUGCCAGUCAGCAUGUCGUCCUCAGCAUCAGACAGCGACAAACCUGCCAAGCAGAAGAGACAUCGGACGAGGUUUACACCGGCACAACUGAACGAGCUGGAGAGAUGUUUUUCUAAGACACAUUACCCUGACAUCUUCAUGCGCGAGGAGAUCGCCAUGAGGAUCGGCCUUACUGAGAGUAGAGUGCAGGUCUGGUUCCAAAACCGUCGAGCGAAGUGGAAGAAACGCAAGAAGAGUACCAACGUGUUCCGUUCCCCUGGCGCGCUGCUGCCGUCGCACGGACUGCCGCCAUUCGGUGCCGGAGACGUCUGCAGUCCUGGCGUCUUCGCUGAUAGACCCUGGUCUAUGCCUGCUGGUCUAGGUCAGCUAUCACAAGGCGGUGUGUCCAUGGGUGGUUUCGGCGCGGGUGGCCUACCACAGCUAGCUGCUGACCUCAACCCAUCCCUGCCUAUCAGCUCCGUGGCCUCUGGACAACCGUACCAAGGACAUUAUCCGCUCAACUCUCUUGGGGACACGAUGAUGUCGUACUGCAACAACAUCAGCCAGCAGCAGCAGGGCGCGCUGGAGGGCUCACCCACUCCGCCUCACAUGGCACACUGCGGUAACAACAAUGCAUCGCCUACUGCCUCCGGUAAUGGUGGCGAACCCGCAGAGGAGGAAGUGUGGCGUGGACAUAGUAUCGCAGCGUUGCGACGGCGCGCGUCCGAGCUGUCGGCCGCGAUCCCGCCGUACUUGCAACUCAACUACGACGCACACAGCCCCGUCUACUGA